AUUUAUUUUAUUCAGUGUCUGAGAUCGAAACUAAAAUGGCGUCUGCUCUGUUUCAGGGUACUGCUCACGCAGUUUUGUACUCAAAAUUUCGACCUUUCCCACCUGCAGCCUUGAUCAAUAACAUAAUUAAUUAUGUUAAAUUGAAGACUAAUGCACCACUGAAGAAAGCAGUUGAUAUUGGAUGUGGCAGUGGACAAAGUACAGUUGUGCUUGCUAAACAUUUUGAAAAUGUUGUAGGCUUAGAUGUAAGUGAAGCUCAAAUAGAAUGUGCUAAAGCAAUCAAUUUUUCUUCAAAUAUUGAAUACAAAGUAGCCAAUGGAGAAAGAUUACCAUUUUCUCCAUGUUCAGUAAAUUUAGUAACUCUGUGUCAGGCAGUACAUUGGUUUGAAACAGAUAUACUAUUUAAAGAAGUGGAAAGAGUCCUAAUACCAAAUGGAGUUAUUUCUGCUUAUGGGUACUGGAUUCCACUACCUGUACUUGGAAAAGAGGAGGAGGACAAAAAAAUUAGUGAAUUAAUAAAGCAAUAUUUACAUGAGGAAAAAUUAGGACAAUAUUGGGACAAGGAAAGGUAUAUUGUCCAGAAUCAUUAUUCUGAUAUCCAUCUUCCUUUCAAAGAUGUUCACAGAACUAGUCUGGUGAAAGAAACUGAAUGCUCACUGGCAGAUUACAUCGGUUAUCUGAGUACAUGGAGUGCAUAUCAAAAGUUGUAUAGAAAGGACAAAAAAGAGGCUAGUAACCUGUUAAGUUAUAUACAAAAUGAGCUUUCUGAAAUCAUAGGGAAAGAUAAAUCUCCCAAAGACAUAAUAUUCAAACUGCAUACAGACUACUUCAUGAUAAUGGGUCACCGUUAAAAUGCGAGAAUUUCCAUUUUGCUCGUACCUAUAAUAGAUUCUAUUAUAUUAUGUAAUUCCAGUUAUCUAUUUAUUCUACUGUUACUGUUUUAUGUACAAUUAUACAAUAUGUGAUUCAUUAUGUAAAGAUUGAAAUAUUUUUAGUACUUUUCUAAUAUUUUAAUCAUUUGUUGUACAAUGACCAGUUUUAUUUAAAUUGUUAGCUGAAUAAAAGCAUUUUCUUAGA